UAAAUAAUAAUGACGCCAAAGCAUUUUUUAUAACGCCCCAAAAAUGGAUUUUUUGGGAAGUUAUAAAAAUGCUUUGGCAGAAACGUCAUUAUUACGUGUGUGCCAAUGUUUUGUGUGAAGGAUGACAUAAGGAAUGCUCGAGUAAGUCAAGAAACAGAAGUGUAGUAUAUUGAAGUGGAAAAAUAACAUGAUGGGCUAAAGAAAAUAUACAUUUUUUUUAAGUGAGAGCAGGAAGCACGCACUGAAGUAUGUUGAACAGAUGGGACGCUGUAGGAGUCGACCGAGUCCACAAGGUGGCAGAACUGCGACAUUUAGGAUGCAGACUGACCUUAAAACCCAAGAAGAAGCAGGAGGGUUUUUUUGGGGGGAUACGCUACAAAAUUAUCCAUAGAUGCCACAGAGUGUAGCUGAUCCGGUCCGUCCGUUUGUUUGAAUAAUAAAGUACUCAGGGGAAACUCGCCGUAAAGCAGAGGCAUUACGCCGCUAAAAAGUGCGCAUGGAAGGCGUCAAGGUAAGCUAACGUUAGGUUACGUAAGUUAAUGUCAGGUUUAUUUACAAUACACAACAUUUACUACGUCAACGUUGUCCGUGGUUACGGUGACCGGAGAUGUUAACUGUCAGAGGAAAACAAAGUCCUCACCGGAGCAGACGGAAGGGCCCGAUAUGUCGACGUGUGAGCUGACUUUACUCAAAGAGCAAAGGAGGCUAGCAAAGCAGCUUUAAUGGAGUAACGUUCAUUUAUCAGCUGCCUGUCGGCUGACUCACACGUCAGGUAUCGUUCGCCAUGAUGGUUUAUUUUUCACACAGUGCGCAGGGAAUUUAAUGACCAAAAAAGCUCAUUCAUGUCACCCGACUAGUUGCGUGUUAUAAACUGUUCCCAAUAGUUUAUUAGACUUGUUCCCAAUAGUUUAUUAGACCUGUUGUCGUGGUUUUACAUUCGGCGGCGCGUUGUCGCGAUCAAAGGCGGUAAAAUCGCGCUGUGUGGCGGAGGUCUCAAGUCACGGGGUCAACAUUUUGGGGGAGGAGCUUAUUCAGCGGAGGUCACCCGGCCCUGGUUGGGGUUUCCAAAUGGGUAAAGUACGUCUUUUGGCGUGAAACACAUAGAGAUUGGAGUUUUGAAUUGAGUUUUGAAUUUGAAAAGAUGAACUAACUAACGCCUUGCACAACAGUUUUAUCAUGCCAAGCUAAAACGCUAUGACAGCACCCAGGGCAGUGUUUUGAAAAACACACUGACCUAUUCCCGAGUAAUUGGUUGCUCGUAUGCACUUGCAGUACAAUACUUCCAUCGUAUUGUUCCCUUGAAGUAGGCUGACAUCAAAACAAAUCAAUGCUGAUGCACAAUUUUGAAAAAUUGCCUGCCUUGUGGUAUCGCUGAAGCUGGUUGCAAUUUGGCUUCCUGCUCUGCCUGCCAAUUGAAACCAUAUAAAACCGUCCUGUCCCAUGAAGUGGUCGCUGGAUUGAUUUCCAGAUGCCCGGUCAACUUGACGGCUUGAAGCCCAGAAAGAGGAAGAUCGGCUCCAGACAGGCUUCAACCUCAAGAAGGAGAUGUGCGGAUGGUCCAAAGAAGCAGCCGGCGGCAGAGGGCAGCUCGGCCGUCGGUGUUUUCAGCAAAGCAGACGUCCCCCUCGAGAAAGACUCUCGCAUCGGCUGCGAGUGCCUCCACUCUGCAGGCAGGAGGAGGUGCUCGGCGUCGCCGGAGGUCGAAAGCCAGGAGGGCAAAGAAAACGCACUGCGGGCGAGGCUGGAACCGGACGGCCGCAAAGGGAACGGCGCCUGUGAGAAGCGGGAGGCCGAGGACAUGGAUUGUGAGGAAACCAGCAGAAACGUGGGGGACAUCUUCCUGGACGACGACAGCAAUCAGAUUCUUCCCGUGGAGCAGUUCUUUGGGAACUUGGACGCUGUACAGGACUUCCCUCAAAGAUCGUCGGAGACCUCCCGCCGCGCUCACAGGGAGCGCAGGAGACGGCACUACUACGCACCGGAGGACAGCGACCAAGAGGAGGCGGGCCUCGGAGGAGGCGACGCUCAGUGAACAGGCAGCGCAGCGAGGACAUUAGAGGACUCCCCAGCGAGGACAUUAGAGGACUCCCCAGCGAGUCGCGCGCAGAUGGGCGUGUUCGCCAUUCCCCGGUGAGGAAGCAUCCCGGGGCGAUGCGGCACGGACUGGAGCGUCGGAUGUAUUUGCUCUAAACCCGGCCGUGCCCCAAAGGACCCGCUGGCUCCAGUUCACCAUCAGUCAGGACUCUGCUGAUGCCGCAACGCGCUGCGUCAACUGGGACAUUUCCAGCUGUCGACCUGACGAGGAACCGCCAAACACACAAACCUGCCAAAUUGUCCUUAAAUGCAUGAAUACGUUUUUUCAUUUGAUACCUUUUAACGUAGCUUCAGUACUGAGAUUAAUGUGUCCACCUGUGGGGGUUUGUACAAUAGUGCCUGUUUUGUUAUUUAUUGCUGAAUUCAUGCUCCGUGUUGGCAGCACUCAGCACUGUUUGGAUAAAUCGUGCUGCUCUUUAAUUUGAGGGCAAGUUUGCGAUCAGCCUUCAUCAAUGCCAAACCGUACCGGACUACAACAUUUAGCGAUUUCAGGGGGACUGUUUUUUUUUUUUCUCUCCCAAUUCUUCGGUUGUGUCCAUGUGGAAAGGAAGGAGGCGUCAAAGAGCAGAUCCGUUUAGACAGCUUUUAAUAUCAAAUACAGCGUUUGAGAGGAAUGUCAUUGUUCACCAAGUGUCUCAUAUUCAUGCUUUUUUUUGGCAGCUGCUUAACAUACUGUACAACACAUCUGUACAUUAUAACACAUGUGUAUGUAUAUAUUGAUGCAGCUAUUACGUUUCUCUGGGUUCCUGCUAGGUUCACAUUUGCAAACAUAAAAUACAAGGAAAACAAAAUCAUGGACUAUAAAAAUGUUUGAAGAAGUCACGAUUUCAGGUUAACGGGUCUAAAUCUCAUCUUACUAAUGCGGUUCACUCCUAUGCAACUUCCUGUCUGAGUGACCGCUGCGCUGAAAUCAAUCCAUGCAUUUCUACUUCACUGUGCCAACAGAAAUAAAUGGUUUUCAUGAU